UGUUUAGCCGUGGGAUGAAAUUCAAGAGUGGCCUGGCGACAGAUAACCUGGCGGCCAGGUGGGUAACCAUGACGAGGAUCUGAAAUUGUAAAUAAUUCAGUCAUGAUUUCUACAAGUUUUGGAGUCUUACAGCAUCACACGACGAAACGAGUGACAACAACGGACCGAUACCGAUUACCGAUAACUUACACUGAUAGUACAGACGCAAUAAAUGACAAAUAAAAAAUAUUAGGUUGCGUGGCACCAUGCACUGCUCGGGCAGGGAGGAGGAAGCAGCGAGGCUAGCAGCAAAUCAGCUGAUUGUUAGUCAGAUCACACAGUUUUCCUCCAAGACAGUGACAGUGAAUACGUUCAGAUUGUAUUGCAUAAUGUGGAGUGUGUGGAAAGGGUGUUUCUCCGCCAUGGUUACCCGCCUGGCCCGACAGUUGUAUCUGUCGCCACGCCACACUUGAAUUUCACACCACGGCUAAACAACGCCUCAAAAUGCAUGUGUGCGUGGAACAUUUUCAACUUGGAAUAACCUGUACUCUUACCUCUGGCAAUAUCCGCAGAAAGUCGUGUUAAACCCUAUAGAGAUGGAGGGGAAGGAGAGGAAGCAGUCCACGGACUCCUUCUCCAGCAUGAUCAGCAUGGGGCGAGGCGCGGGCAGCGAGACCAGUGAUGGGAGGAGGUCACGGCUGCUGUCCCUCUCCUCCAUCACCACCAGUGUCAUGCGCCGCCCUUCCUCCAGAGUGGAGGUGGUGGACAUGCCCGGCGGAUCCAUGCUGGUGAAGGUGAACGAGGACAGCGAGUCCACCCAGGGUAGCGUGGAGGGCGCGCGCACCAUCGCCGGCAUGAUGGGCGCCACGGACACCAACCUCGUGGACAAGAUAAUCAAGCAGGAGAUGGCCCACCACAGUCCUGCAGUGGGGGCGCCUCGGGAGGAGCAGAAGGACUCGGAAGAGGUGGAGAAUGACGCGAUCAAGCCUAGGGAGGGGGAGGAUGACGGGGACGAGUCUGAGAGGGUGCUUGCCUUCGGCGCCACCAACAUCUUGCAACACCUCCACCUGGCCCUCGCUUCGCCCACACUCUUCCGCCUCCCCGCCCUCGCCUACAAGUGGAGCUCCAAUGAGGGAUCGGGAUUCCUGGCGGCGUACACUGUGCUGCUGCUGCUGAUCGGCCUGCCCCUCAGCGUGAUGGAGCAGACCCUGGCGCAGUUCUCCUCGCUGGGGCCCACUACCAUCUUCAGGUGCCUUCCAAUCCUCGCGGGAGUGGGCGUGGGCAUGGUGGGCGCGUGUGCCGUGCUGAUCCCGUACACCAGCACCGUGCUCUCCUGGUCAGUGCGCUACACCCUGGACUGCCUACAACCUGAAGUGCCCUGGAGCAAGUGUCCCAGCGGCUCCAACACUUCAGGCUGCCCAGACGAGCUUGCCCCCAGCGAGUACUACUUCAUGAGAACAGUACUGGGGACAACACGAGUCGACGACGACCAGGGGUGGACGGUGGUGCUGAGCCUCGGAUUAACUCAGACUCUGCUGUGGCUGGCGCUGAUCCUGGCGGUGUGGCGCGGGGAGGCCUGGCGGACGGGGACACUGUCGAGGGUGUGGUCUCUCGUGACGGCGGGGGCGCUGGUGGUGCAGGUGGUGUAUGGCCUGCAGCGCCCCGAGAGUGGAGACGGUCUAGGCAGGGCGUUCAUCUUCAACUGGCGAGACUUGGACAAACCCGACAUAUGGCUGGAUGCUUUUGGCCAGGUGUUGUGGUCCAUGGGUCCCUGUAUAGGCCUCCUCAUCAACAGGGCAAGCUACAGACACUUCCGAGACAGGAUUCGCCUGGACGCGUACACCGCCAUCGUGAGCAACCUGCUGGUGGGCAUGGCCUCCUGCCUCGCCGUCUUCCCCUUCCUCGUCUCCCGUCACUUCGUGGAAAAGACGCCGGGGUUCUUCCUGGUGGAGGCGUCGAAGGCGGUGACACACAUGGAGGUGCCUCAGAUCGGCGGGGUGCUGCUGUACCUGGGGCUGUGCAAGGCGCUCUUUGACCACACGCAGAUCCUGGCCUCCACCGUUUCCGUGGGCGUGUCGGACCUCCUGCCUGGUCGCUGGAGGAGUGGCAGCAGGUUCUUCCUCUGCUGUGCUACCGUGUGUGUGUUUGGCUUCAUGGCCAGCCUGCCCUUCAUCACACACGAAGGCAUUUUCCUGGUGCGGGCCGUGGACACCUACUCCCCCUGGGCCAGCGGUUUGUUCCUUGGCAUGGUGGAGGUGGCGGGACUCGUGUACCUGUACGGAGCCAACAACAUCGGCCAGCACUUCAGGCUAAUGCUCAGGAGUGACGUGCGGGCCCUGGUCUUCGUGUGGCGCUUCCUCCUACUGCCCUUCCUGCUCGCCCUGGGAGUGUGGGCGUGCGUGACGGGCGUGUCGGGGCCUGUGGAAUGGGAGGACCUACAAAGGGCGGAGGAGACGGAGGAGGCGUACCGGAUAGGCGGCGUGGUGGUGUCCCUGCUGCCUGCUGCCCUCGCGCUGGUCGCCACUGUGCUGCUGCUGCUCAGACACACCAAGGUUAUUCGGCGGCUGUUGGUGCCGGCAGAAGCGUGGGGUCCCGCUCUGGCAGGCCACCGUGCCCUGUACACGCCGGGCAUCCUGAGGGCCAAGACCAAGGCGCCUUAUCUGGUGGUGCAGGUGGACGUUGAGGGCAACGCGGACAUGCCGGACAAGGGUUGGCUGCCCUUUGGUUUCUUCUGGGUUCCCUCCAAGUCCGAGACACACCUGCUGGCCAACAACGAUGCCCCCACACAGGUGCUGCUGGCCAGGUACCUCAAGAGUCGCUUCAGUGGAAUGUCGUGCGGCGAUAUCAAUCCCACUAUUGGGGACGACGACGAGGAGGACGACGACGAUGGGAUCCAGGAGGGAGAGGCGGAGGAGCAGUGGACUCAGACAGGAACGCCCUCCAACAGCACCAACACCGUCUCCUCCGGCGUCCUGCUGCAGCCCAAGAACCUUCCUGAAGACCGGACGCAGCACCUCCACCGCUGACCCACGCCUACUUCUACUGCGACGGCGACGGCGAUAGCAGGAUGGGGCAUCGACAGGCACCCCACACACACACACACACACACACACAAACACACACGAUGCGCCUGAUGGUGUGCCUGAGGGUGGGAGUCAUAGCAGUGCAUCCCCGACGUGAGGUGCGUGGUGGUGGUGGUGAAGGCUGUGAGUGUCUCGUCCUCUGAUCCCAGCGAGAGUGAGGCAGUGUGGGCCUGAGCUGCCUGAAGGACGUAUGCUGGGGGUUAAACCAAAACCUGAAGGACCUCGCAUCUACUCCACCAACUAUUCCAUUCUCAUUGAUCCUGACGGUGCGGUAUAAAUGUUCCCGCUCGUCUGCUCAAGGCUGUUGUCUGUUGUUGCCUGUCUGCUGUUAACCGUGAGUGUCACCUGUACUCAAUGGUCAGUGGUGGUGUGUUGUGCUUGUAGAGUUUAUGUGUAGUGCACCUGUUUUGUGAGAGAGAGAGAGAGAGAGAGAGAGAGAGAGAGAGAGAGAGAGAGAGAGAGAGAGAGAGAGAGAGAGAGAGAGAGAGAGAGAGAGAGAGAUUCCUCUAACUUACUAAUGUUACGAAUGAUGUUUAGCAGUUGAAUCUAUCUUAACAAUUCUUACUUUUAGCAUUCCUUUCUAACAUUCAUCAUCAUUAUCACCACCACCACCACCAUCAUCAUCAUCAGCCUCUAUGGUCCCACAACAAGACGAAGGCCUCGCCAACCUUCACUUCUCUGUCAGGUGCAUGUCUUAUAUCAGUCACUCCCGCCAAACUUCUGAUCUCAUUUUCCCUUCUACGUCUGUCUGCCGUUCCUUUAUCAUUCCUCUCACAUCUUGUUUACGGGAGACUGGCCAAGGGUACAAAAAUAAAAGAUGAAAAAUACAAAUAAAAGCCAGCUAGCAAUGCUGCUCCCCAAGGAAAAGGAAUAGGAAGAGAACCUUUGUUUUAGCUUAAUUGUUUAUCUGUUUGGUGUCCCAUGUGUUCUGCCCAUGUUCACUGUUUUCUUCUAAAUAUAGCAAAGAUGUCCUCAACCGCGGUCUAUUCCCUGAUCAGUGAUGUCCUUUUCUUGUCCUUUCAUAUUCUGCCCAUGUCCACUUUCCUUUUUUCAUGAACGUAGUAAAGAUGUCAACUUUGAUCUAUUCCAUAAUCAUGUUACGUAGCCAAACAUUAUCCUCCCCAUUCCUCUCUGGGUGUUUUGAAGGCACUCUAGGUUUUCAUAAGGCUCCGGUUUCCGAUCCGUGUGUUACAACUGGUAGAAUGCGCAUACUCAUUGUAAAUCUUUCUCUGGUAAAAAUGGGGAAUUAUUUUUCAUAAUGUUUCCUUUAUCAAAAAAACUCCAUUCCAUCGA